UUAGAGCCGAGCAGUCGCCAUGCGAGCGCACUUACGUAGAGUGGGACACGGCCAAGGAAUAUAUGGUGAAAAGCAGUGAAAAGCCUGAAAAAGGAAAUACACAGAGUCACUCGCUCACGCACACGUGUGCGAAUACAGUUACAGUUUACAGUUACUACACUCACUAGUACAGCCACAUAAGUGCAUUUCGGCGGAGGCAGCGGGCAAAAAAUUCUUCAGCGCCCAAAAAUAGAGUGAAAUGCCCAAGAAAGUGAAAUACGAAAAUAGAAAUAGAAUAGCGCACCGUAUACGUAUACCAAGUAGUGCAAGCACACACCAGCGAUUACAUAAAGCCCCGCUAUCAUCCCGACAACAACAUCCAUACACUGCUACAACUGCAACAAACGGAGAGUAAACAACAAUUAAACGCAAAUGUUUAAAGACGCAUCACAAAAUGUAAAGCAAUAAUCAACACAACAAAGCCAGCCAAAGCUCUCACAAUAGAAGUAGAAGGAGAAGAUAAAGCGACAAAGGAGGAGGAGGAGGCGGCACGAGCUGAGGCGUCGGCGAUGCCAAAUGCCAUUAUUGGAAACUGUCGUAGUCAUAAGAUUUGCAUAGCACAAGCAAUAGUCGGCAUAAUGAAAGGCCCAAGCGUGAUAAGCGUGACAAUAUUAACGGUAAACUGAGCGAUCCGGUCGCCUGAUAUAGUGUGAGACAGAGACAGACAUACGUAUGCACAGUGUUCGAAAAUCGAGUGACAAGCCUUGCUGGCGUGAGUGCCAGGAAGAGCGCCAGAGAGACAUGCUGCAGCAACUGCCCUAAGGACCCCCCAGCUAAAGCAAGAGCGAGCUAGCAACAGUAGCAGCAAAGGACGAGGAGGAAAGAGCAGCAACAACCAACCAAACGACGACAAUCAGUCAAGAUGAGUGAUGAUCAAACGGCGUCCAACGAUGAGAAAGCUAUCGCCAAGCACCAGGUCGUCGCGUACACGCAAAAGUCCCAGGUCAAGCAUGAGAACCGGCACAUCCAGCUGGUGCGGGAAUACGGCUUCCAUCCGCGCACCAAGGCCUCCGUGGAGGAUGGCGACGUGCUGCCCCGCAAGUUCGAGCCCUUUCCGGAGCACAUGUACGGCAAGCCGCUCGAGGAGAUUGACACCUUCAUCUACGAGGAGACGUUCUGCGUGGUGUCCAAGCGGUUUCGCAAGAACUACAUCCAUCGCUUCACGGGCACCAAGAGCCUGUUCCUCUUCCACCCAUGGAGCCCGGCGCGGCGCGUGUGCGUGUACAUCGCCACCAACCAGUUCUUCGACUACUGCGUCAUGGCCACCAUUCUGUUCAACUGCAUUUUCCUGGCCAUGACCGAGACGGUGGAGGAGGCUGAGUACAUCUUUCUGGCAAUUUACUCCAUCGAAAUGGUCAUCAAGAUCAUUGCCAAGGGAUUUCUGCUCAACAAGUACACGUAUCUGCGAAACCCGUGGAAUUGGCUGGACUUUGUGGUCAUCACGAGCGGCUACGCCACCAUCGGCAUGGAGGUGGGCAACCUGGCGGGGCUGCGUACCUUUCGCGUGCUGCGCGCCCUCAAGACGGUGUCCAUUAUGCCCGGAUUGAAGACGAUCAUCAACGCGCUGCUGCACUCCUUCCGUCAAUUGGCGGAGGUCAUGACGCUGACCAUCUUCUGCCUGAUGGUCUUCGCGCUCUUUGCCCUCCAGGUGUACAUGGGCGAGUUGCGCAACAAGUGUGUGCGCCAGGUGCCCCCCGACUGGACGAACGUCUCGCAUGCAGACUGGCAGAUCUGGGUCAACGACACGGACAACUGGCUGUAUGACGAGGAGGAGCUGCCCGUGCUGUGCGGCAACCUGACCGGCGCCCGCCACUGCCCCUUCGAGUACGUGUGCCUCUGCGUGGGCGAGAACCCGAACCACGGGUACACCAACUUUGACAACUUCAUGUGGUCCAUGCUGACGACGUUCCAGCUGAUUACGCUGGACUACUGGGAGAAUGUCUACAACAUGGUGCUAGCCACUUGCGGCCCCAUGAGUGUCUCCUUCUUCACGGUGGUUGUGUUCUUCGGCUCGUUCUACCUGAUCAACCUGAUGCUGGCCGUAGUGGCGCUGAGCUACGAGGAGGAGGCCGAGAUUACGAACGAGGAGCGCAAGAAGGACCUGCUGGAUCACCGCGACGACUCCACAUUCAGCUUCGAUCCCUCGGUGCUGAAUGUGAAGAAGCUGAACAAGAACAACAAGAAGAAGAUUGAUUCGCGGAAGGGCGUGCUCCUGGCCUCCUACAGCAAGAAAAAGACGCGGCGAAAAAAGGCAAAGGGCGGGAAGGAGGGCAGUGGCAAUGGCAACGGGAACGGGAACGGCAAUGGCAGCAACGGCACCGAUCCCAAGUCCCCCUCGGCCACGCCCAGUCCCGGGCGGAGUCCACGCCACAGCGCCACCACACCGGAACGUCCAUCGGCGCUGACUUUGCAGGCCCAGAAGCAGUACCAGCAGAUGGAGCAGCAGAGCCAGCUGGCCAAGGCAAGCGGCACCGUUACUGCCCCUAGCUCAGACACUGCCACUGCCACCGCUCCCCCGCUGCCGCCCAAGGCGCGCAUCAGCUUCCAGGACAGCGGCGUGGGCGUGAAGAAUCCCAACAUGCUGUAUCCCUCGGACUACAAGGGCCAGCUCAUAGCCAGCAGUCGCCAGACCAGCUCCAAUUCCAGCGGCGUCAAUCGCGAGUCCUCGCAGGACGACUCCGGCGUGGUGGACGAUCACGAGGAGCAGGACACGGUCAACGAGCUGGGCCACGUCUCUACUGUGGAGCUGGCCCUAUCGCCGCGCGAAGUGCGGCUGAUCAAGUGCAACGGGAACAUAGCCCGCAUCAAGAACCACAACGUGUACGCCUUGCACCAGGAGUUCUCCUCAGAGGUGGUCGUUAUCGAUGAUCUGCCCGACCGGAACUGCGAUCGCUGCGUCCACUGGUGCACUGACUACGAGAGCUGGCUGCAGUUCCAGAACUGUCUAUACAAGGUGGUGCGCGAUCCGCUCUUCGAACUGGCCAUCACCCUGUGCAUCGUCCUAAACACCGCCUUCCUGGCCAUGGAGCACCACGGCAUGAGUGAGAGCUUUCGCAACGCCCUGGACGUGGGCAACAAGGUCUUUACAUCCAUUUUCACCUUCGAGUGCAUUGUGAAGCUGAUGGCUCUGUCCAAGGACUUCUUCCUGUGCGGCUGGAACAUCUUUGAUCUGCUCAUUGUGACGGCCAGUCUGCUGGACAUCAUCUUCGAGCUGGUGGAUGGCCUGAGUGUGCUGCGUGGGCUGCGAUUGCUGAGAGUGCUGAAGCUGGCCCAGUCGUGGACCACAAUGAAGGUGCUGCUCAGCAUUAUCAUCUCAACGAUCGGCGCCCUGGGUAACCUCACGCUGAUUCUGGUCAUUGUCAUCUACAUAUUCGCCGUCAUCGGCAUGCAAUUGUUCUCCAAAGACUACACGCCCGAGAAGUUUGACCCGGAUCCAGUGCCCAGAUGGAAUUUCAACGACUUUUUCCACUCGUUCAUGAUGAUCUUUCGCAUUCUGUGCGGCGAAUGGAUCGAGCCGCUCUGGGACUGCAUGCGUGCCGAGGAGGAGCAAGGAGCCUCCACCUGCUUUGCCAUAUUCCUGCCGACGCUCGUCAUGGGCAACUUCAUGGUGCUCAACUUGUUCUUGGCCCUGCUGCUCAACAGUUUCAACUCCGAGGAGCUCAAGUCGAAGAAAGAGGAAGUGGGCGAGGAGUCCAAGCUGGCGCGGAGCAUUGAGCGCGUGCGCGACCUCAUCCGCAAGAAGCGGCAGGAGCGCAAGGACCGCAAGGAGCGGCAGUUUGCCGAGAAGUUCCAGCAGAUCGUGCUGGACGCUCAGCAGCAGGCUCAGGCACAGGCUCACUCCCAGCAGGCUGUGGUGGGUCUGGAGCGGGGAGACAAGGCGGGUGUGCUGGCAGAGACCAAGUUCCACAGACUGAGCUAUCAGGAGUCCAUGAAUCGACCCGUGUCCGGCUCAGACUUUGGCUUCCAGAUACCCUUGCACGACGGCCUGCACACGAUCGUCGACGGAAUGGAGUACGACGAAGUCGUGGAUCUGCCCGAGCAGAUCCAGCUGCCGGCCCAUCCACUGCCACACAACGCAGACUCGCUGCCCCCCACCUAUGAGAGCGCCAUGAUGGCCACCGGCGGCGCCAAUGGGAAUGGGAACGGCCAGAAUUUGACGCCCUUCUUGCAGGCGGAGCGGCGGCUGCACCACCAAAUCUCCUCGGGCGUGAGCACGCAGCAGAACGACUCGCGCGACGAGGCCACCUACACGGAGUCCAUAGAGCUGCGCCUGCUGGGCCAGUACAACUCCACGGACACGGAUCCGUAUGUCAACGACCAGCGCAGCGGCUGCGGCUCCUUCAAUCGCGGCGACUCGCUGCAGGACAACUCGUCGCGGCGCUACGGGAGCGAGGACCACGACGAGGCCUACCUCAAGUACCAAAAGUCGCUGCUGACGCGGUCGCCCAGCUACCGCAAGUCGCUGGAUCGCCUCUCGCAGUCCAGCGGCCAGUCGCAGCGAUCGCUGCUCAAGUCGGAGGAGGCCGAGAUGCGGCGGCACUCGAGCGGCCAGUCCCUCACCUCCAUAUCGAUCGAGCAGGACGAGUUGCUGUCGCAGCAGGGCAAUCUUCGAGAGGAGCUGCUCAACUGCGACCAGAAGGAGCUCUUCCAGUUUCUGCAGGAGGAGGAUGGCAAGAACGUCAGCUGCAUCUCGCAGGCCAUUCGAUCGCGGCGCCCUUCCAGCGGCCAGCUGGGACAGUCGGAGAGCGAGCCGCUGGUGGAGCACUCCGAGUUCGACAACAUUAUCCAGAGCUUUGAGAAGGAGCUGGAGGAGAUCAAGCGCUCGACCACCUCGCUGGAGCGCAAGCUGUCCACGCUCUCGGAGCCCUCGCCGGCGGCCGAUGAGGCCACCAAGGCCAUAAUGGACCACAUUGCCAUAAUUACCGGAGCCUCGGAGCGCUCGGCCGCCGACGAGGUGGUGCAUCCGCUAAACCCCUACGACAGCUACGACCUGUCCACGGUGCCGCGGCGCUCGCAGUCCGUCAGUGCCGCGGCCCAGCGCCAGUCCGUGAAGCUGAAGCGGCGCAGCCUGGAGAAGCAGCGCAAGAUCGACGAAGACUUCAGCAUCUCGAACGAGAUACGAAAAAUCUGUGAUCAAAUCCACGCGCCAUUUGUGGCGAUGGAGGCCAUGGCAGUGGCAGCCACCAGCGCCAGCCAGGCCACCGGCUCAAGCCAACCGACUACCCAGUCGCCCUUCCUCCGGCGCAAGAUCGACCCCUUCACCGUGCAGUUCGAUCGCUUCAAGCGGCUGUCCCUCAUCGAGCGCGUGGAGGAGCUGCCAGAGGAGGAGAAGCCCAUCUCGACGCUGCGGAUUGAGUCGGAGAAGAUGCCGCGCAAGUUUCUCCAUAAUCCCAUGCGCGACCAGCUGCGCCUGGACAGCCUCUCGCUGAAGAGCACCAGCUCGUACGAGAACCUGCUGAUCCAGAAGCAGAAGCUGGGCAUGGCCACGCCACCGGCCGUGCCCGCCACGCCGCCCACCUCCCUGAAGUCGAGCAUCGAGCCACCGACACUGGCGCAAAUUUCAUCGCUAAAGGCCACCCCGCCGCUGGCUGCUCUCACCGAGCAUCAGCAGCACUUUCAUGCCACGAGCAUCCAAGCAGAUCCCACUCACGGUCCCGGCCACGCCCAUACCGCACGCACCCACGGACCGACGGCACAUGGUAGUCAUGGUCCUGCGGCCGGGCAUCGGCGACGCCCGGAGCAUCCACAAUCGACGCUAGACAAAGCCGCAUCCUUCCAGUCCGCGCGCACCGAGUCGCACAGCUCGGGGGCGGCCGACACGAGCUCCUCGGCCCUGGCCCUGGCCCUGAGCCACAAGACUGACCAGGAGUCGGCGCAGGCGGCGCCAGAGGCCACGCAGAAGCCGUCGACAUUUACGCGACUGACAGAAAAACCAUGGCAUUGUUUGGUUUCCUACGUAGACGAUCUCACUGUCGGUGGGAGACGUAACUCGCAGGGAGCUUACAAUGAUCCCAUGACUUUUCCGAGCUUCGGGGCCACGAAGGCGCCCAAGGUGCCCGACGACUGUUUUCCACAGAAGUGCUACGAUCACUUCUAUUUCCGCUGCCCCUGGUUCAUGAGCUGCAUGGACACGCAGAGCGCCAAGCACUGGACGCGCGUGAGGACGGCUGUCUUGACGGUUGUCGAUACUCCGGCCUUUGAGUGGUUUGUGCUAGUGUUGAUCUUUGCGUCGAGUAUCACGCUCUGCUUCGAGGACAUCAACCUGGACAAGAACAAGACGCUCAAGCGGGUGCUCUACUGGAUCAACUUCUCCUUCUGCCUGAUAUUCGUCGUGGAGAUGAUCCUCAAGUGGCUGGCGCUGGGCUUCUCCAAGUACUUUACCAGCUUCUGGACCAUACUCGACUUUAUCAUAGUGUUUGUGUCGGUAUUUUCGCUGCUCAUCGAGGAGAAUGAGAACUUGAAGGUGUUGCGCUCGCUGCGCACCCUGCGAGCCCUGCGCCCACUGAGAGCCAUCUCUCGGUGGCAAGGAAUGCGGAUUGUAGUAAACGCUCUCAUGUAUGCAAUACCAUCAAUUUUCAAUGUCCUUUUGGUUUGUUUAGUUUUUUGGUUGAUCUUCUCCAUAAUGGGUGUUCAGUUCUUUGGUGGUAAAUUUUUCAAGUGCGUCAACGAGCUGGGCGAGUUGCUGCCAAUUACUGAGGUGAACGACAAGUGGGACUGCAUCGAGCAGAACUACACGUGGAUCAACUCGAAGAUCACCUUCGACCAUGUGGGCAUGGGCUACCUGGCCCUGCUGCAAGUGGCCACCUUCGAGGGCUGGAUGGAGGUGAUGGCCGAUGCCGUGGAUGCCCGUGGCGUGGACCUGCAGCCGCAGCGAGAGGCGAACCUGUAUGCGUAUAUUUAUUUUGUUAUAUUUAUCGUGUGCGGCUCGUUCUUCACACUGAAUCUGUUCAUUGGAGUUAUCAUUGAUAACUUUAACAUGCUCAAGAAGAAGUAUGAAGGAGGAGUGUUGGAAAUGUUUCUCACCGAAUCUCAAAAACACUAUUACACGGCCAUGAAAAAAUUGGGACGAAAGAAACCACAGAAAGUUAUUAAGCGACCUAUAAAUCAUUUUUUAGCUAUGUUUUAUGAUUUAUCCAAUUCGAGAAGGUUCGAGAUCGCGAUCUUUGUACUGAUUUUUCUCAACAUGCUUACCAUGGGCAUCGAGCACUAUGAUCAGCCGCACGCCGUCUUCUUCAUCCUGGAAGUGAGCAAUGCCUUCUUUACCACGGUCUUUGGUCUAGAGGCCAUUGUGAAAAUUGUGGGCCUGCGCUAUCACUACUUCACGGUGCCCUGGAACGUGUUCGACUUUCUCCUGGUGCUGGCCUCCAUAUUCGGCAUCCUGAUGGAGGACAUCAUGAUUGAUUUGCCCAUCAGCCCGACGCUGCUGCGCGUGGUCCGGGUGUUUCGAAUCGGACGCAUACUGCGCCUGAUCAAGGCCGCCAAGGGCAUCAGGAAGCUGCUGUUCGCUUUGGUAGUGUCGCUGCCAGCCCUCUUUAACAUCGGAGCCCUGCUGGGCCUGAUCACCUUCAUUUACGCCAUCCUGGGCAUGUCGCUGUUCGGGCACGUGAAGCUGCAAGGCGCCCUCGAUGACAUGGUCAACUUCCAGACGUUCGGGCGCAGCAUGCAGCUGCUGUUCCGGCUGAUGACCUCGGCCGGCUGGAACGACGUGCUGGAGUCGCUGAUGAUCCAGCCGCCCGACUGCGAUCCCUUCAUCUUUGGCCAGACGAACGGGGACUGCGGCCACCCGCUGCUGGCCAUCACCUACUUUACGAGCUUCAUCAUCAUCAGCUACAUGAUCGUGAUCAACAUGUACAUUGCCAUUAUCCUGGAGAACUUUAAUCAGGCGCACCAGGAGGAGGAGAUCGGUAUUGUCGAGGACGAUCUGGAGAUGUUCUACAUUCGCUGGUCCAAAUAUGAUCCACAUGCCACCCAAUUUAUACACUUCUCGCAACUGUCCGAUUUUAUUGCCUCUCUCGAUCCACCAUUGGGCAUCUCGAAGCCCAAUAAUGUCGCGCUAGUGUCAUUUAAUCUGCCCAUCUCGAAGGGCAAUAAAAUACACUGCCUCGACAUUUUGCACGCGCUCGUGAAGCACGUGCUAGGUCAUGUCGAGGAGACCGAUAACUUCAAACAGUUGCAGGAACAAAUGGAUGUCAAGUUCAAGAAACAGUUUCCAACGCGCAAAGAAUUGGAAAUUGUUUCGUCGACGCGGAUCUGGAAGCGCCAGGAGAAGGCGGCCAAGACCAUACAGACGGGCUGGAAGGAGUAUUUGCGGCGGAAGCGGGAGAAGGAGCGCUCCAACUCGGGAGACAGUGCCACCCAGAACUCCAGCCCUGGCGGAUGGCAAUCGAAGCUCUCGGCUUUGAAUUUCUUCCACCUGCAGGUCAGUCGCCGUGGCACUGCCUGCAGCAGUCGCGCCUCUUCAAGGAAAUCCUCUCGCGCCUCGGAUGCCUCUGAUCUUAGCGAGCUGGCCGGACCCUGGCUCAACUUGCCCCUGAUGCUCGUCUCGGGGGCCGAUGAUGUGGUCAAGGACAUCAAGCAGCAGAGCGACGAGCUGGGCAAACGCAUAUCCUCUUGUAUCUCCCUAAACUAUGAGUCCCUGCUCGCAGACAUGGUCACUGCCGUUCUCAGGAGUGGCUCCCAGCCUAGUGGCUUGAAUUACCUAGCCGCUAUGAACAACAACAACAACACGACCAACACCACCUCAACCUCCGCCUCCACCUCUGGCACCGCCACCGCCCCAGCCUCUGGUGCGGCAGCCACCUCCGACAGUGGCUCGGCUCCGGCUUCGGCUCCAGCUGCGUCUGCGGCUCCCUCACGUAAGCGCGCCUCUAGUUUCAUACGCAAGAAACCGCCCCUAGAAAGAGGUUUGUCAGCACAAAGCGCUUUAAGAGUUAACAAGAACGCUUUUGUCUCCGAGGCCCCAGCCCCCGAGGUGAUCGUCACGAAGCCCUCGCCGGACCAACAGACGCAUCCGCACUCGCACUCGCUGGGCCUGCGGCCGGACAACGCCACGCUGGUCCACGUGCUGGUGCAUCGCGAGAGCGAGGAGUACAAGGAGGAGGAUGAGAGCAGCCCGUCCUCGCCGUCCUCGGCAAGUGGCAACGGUAAUGGAAAGGGCAAGCAGCCGCCGCCCCAGAUACGCAUCAGCACGGGCUCCGUGGAGGGCAGCAUGGACACGUGUCCGGUGCCCACGGUACAGAUAAUGGUGGACAGCCCCAAGGAUCCGCCGCGCGGCGACUUUAGCGCCGAGUUUGCACCAGCACCAGCACCAGCCAUUGUGGACGUGGAUGCGCCCAUCGAUGUAAAUGUGCAGGGCGACACAUCGCAGGUGUUCUACGACUACAAUCCGGAGAGGUGCACUGGCGGCCAACUGGACGAGGAGGAGGAGGAGGAGGAGCAGCAGACGGAAGAGGCAUCUCUAGCGGACAGACAGAGAUGACCUUCGGUCAACACUCCGCAACGGGAUCGGGAGCAGCAGCAGUGCUCCAGCACAAGCAGCAGCAGCAGCAGUAGUGCCAGGAAUAGCUCGUCCUCAUCGUCGUCGGCGGCAUCAGGAGCUGGCCCUUCGGCUCCGAGGCGUCCAAGUUGACAAGCUCCAAACUGAGUGCGUAUCCAAUGCCGAUUCCUGUGUGCAUUUGUGCCGAGUGUCGCGACUCGUAGUUUCUUAGGCUUAGGAAUAGGCUUAGGCGCGGGGCACGCCCCUUUGUUAUCAUAGUCGAUUACGAUUACCUAUAUAAUUAUAUAUGCUAGUCGCUUUAUACGAUAUACAUACAUAUUAGUACGGUUACAGAUACAGAUACAGAUACGGAACUAUCCAAAUUUAUACAUACCAUAUAUAGAUCGAUCUAAGGAGAAAUCAAUAUUAACUCUAUGUUAACAAGAACGUGCAUUAAAAACCGUUGUAGAACUCGCGAAGUCAAAUCAAAAAGUCAAGAGUCGCCAUCGCCAUGUUGUCACAAUCAGAGAUGAUGAUGAUCGGUAGUUUACUGACCGAUUGACCGACGUAUGUAGCUGUAGAUGAGAUCGAAUGGGAGGAGGGGAACGAACACACAGGGAGUUCCCCUCUCCCAGUACACAUUUUCGAAGGUUGUUUUUGAACUAUACAAUACCUAGAGAGAGAUUGGCAUUACUUAAUGUAAAACUAACCAACUAUCGCGGUUAGGUCUAGGCUCAUUACUCGUAGUGUUUCUUUUGCGAUUAUUGAUUAUAAGUUAUCCUGCAUAUACGGAACGGAGUAGAGCUGGCAAAGAAUCGAUUUGUCUUGUUUUUUUAUAUACGAAAAUGAUCUCAAUAUGUGAGUUGAUCUCAUUAGUUUAAUCCUUAAAAAUAUAAUGGAUUUUCUGCCAGCUCUACAACGGAGGGUAUAUGUGGAUAUAGUAUCUAAAUACAUUUUGUACAUAUGCCAAAGGAAGUAUUUUAAACUAAAGAGCUAUUACUACGUACAUACAUAUAGAGACAUAUAGCAUAUACAUAUAUAGCGGGGACAUAUGACAUUAGUUAGAAACAAUUUAUUGAAAUAUUUAUAAAGGGAUUUUCGUUGCGUAGCGCAGACAAUUGCCGAUGAUGAUCGAUGAUUACCGAUAGCGAAUAUUAUCCAUUACCGAUUGUUCGAAGUACAAAAAGCGAAGUAUUAUUAGUAGAUUUGACUAUUUAUUAUUGUACAUAUCUUAUGCCCCCGUCUCCGCCCCCGCCCCAAGCUCGCUCUCCUUCUUCGACAUCCUUCAACAGUAAGAAACUAAGCCAAAAAAAAACAAGGUCAAGUGAUCACUACUCACUAACUAACACACAUAUUUGAAUCAAUCUAAAGUCCCAAUCGGGAUCUAGCCACUAAACACUGCACUAGAAUCGAUAUCGUUACCAAGAAACCAAUCCAGAGAAACCCGAAAUCAAUCAGCAGUCCUACCUAAGUCAAGUACCCGCGAGAAGGAAGAUCUUUUUUGAUCAGUUUAGUUUAGUUUAGUUCGAUUCCAAAGUUAAUCAAAAGCAGGAUAAGCAACUCCUAUACAAAAAGCAACCGACAAGCUUCCACGAGAACUCUAUAUAUAUUUUAUUGAAAUCAAAAUGAUUUUCACUUUAACGACUCUUUGUACGACUCUCUCUCUACGAUAAUGGUUAAGGUCGGGCCACGUUUCCAAGAAACUCGCCUUUCGUUUGUGUUAACGUUUUUAAGUGUUGUUCUCUCUUAAGUCUCCAUUGUGAUCGCAUUAAGUUUACACACAUCGAACUCUUUACUCUAUAAAGGAUCAAGUGCUUACUCCAGUUCCAACUCCACAUUCAUAACUUAACAACAGACAAUCAGACAGCGAUUGAUAUAGUAAAUUGAUAUAGUAAACUCUAUGGUACCAAUUAAAUCGUUUUCUCCAAAAACAAGAACAAAGCAAACCAAAAUGAAACCAAAAACGUACACACAACAACUUAUUGUGAUUUUAACUGCAAUUUUUACACAGAAAAAUGAAACAUAAUUUUAAAUUAGAAUUGUUAACAAAAACCAACAACAACAACAACAACAGACAGAAACCAAAACACUCGUCAAUUAAGUGAUAUUUAAUAUUGGUACGUACUCGUAUUCGAUUGUACAUAAACGAACUAACGAUUAUGAUAAUGAAGAUAACGAAAUAGCAAUAGAAUCUCUCAUCCUCAGCCAUUAAAAAAGAAGAAAACCUUAAAAAAAAAAUACUAAAACCAAAAGAAAACAAAAAAAAAAAUGCAAAGAAAAGCUUUAAUUUUAGUUAUCUUCAAAAAAAAAGAAAGAUAUAUAUAAAAGAUUAGAGAGCGAUGCGAGACUAGUUGGAGCGAUGCAAUGAUGCUGCAGAAACGGGAUUAAAGCUGUCAAGCCAUCGAUGGUACUACGGGAUUCGGAUUCAGAUUGGACUGGUUUUUAAACUAUCGCGAUAAUAUCUUCUUGUUUGUCAUUUAUUCUUUGUUUUUUUAUAUAUUU